AUGCCUCGAUUAGAGCUCAAUGGAGCUCACCUCUUGUCAAAACUUUUGGCAUAUGCAAAAUCAAUUUUAGCAGAGGACUUCGAGAUCGCAGAAACCCACGCCUUCACGGACUCCACCGUAGCCCUGGGUUGGAUCCAAACUCCGGCUUAUCGCCUCAAAACCUAUGAGGGGAACAGAGUUGCUGAGAUUCAAGAAAACGUAUCACCUGAGUCCUGGAGACAUGUACCAUCAGAAGAGAACGCUGCAGACUGUGCAUCUAGAGGUUUGCUGCCAGCAGAGCUGAUGAACGCCGAAAUGUGGUGGUCCGGCCCAAAAUGGCUCAGCGGACCAAAAUCAGAAUGGCCUAUCUCUAGAAAGGACCCAACUAAACGGGAAGAUGAAUUCAUCAAAGGUGCUAUGAAACCAGAAUCAGCGACAAGUCUUCACCUCAACGAGAAACCUGCAACCUGGGAUUUCUUCCAGCGCUUCUCCUGGUGGCCUUCUCUGAAACGCGUGAUGGCCUACAUACUACGUUUUGUCAACAACAUUAGAGCAAGAAAAAUCGAUACCUCUCUGUCAAAUCUGCAUGGACCCUUAUCGCUUGAGGAGAUUGCAGCAGCUCAAAACAAAAUUUGCACGCUAGUGCAAAAGGAAGCCUUCGCUGAGGACCUCAAGAGCCUCCGCAAAGGCAAGGAAUGCAGUGAUCAAAUACAGAGACUUUGUCCAUUCCUUGACACUCAAGGACUCAUGCGAGUGGGUGGCCAUACCUUGUUUCAAACUCAAGGCAAAGCCAGUCAAUCAGUUGAUGGGCAAUUUACCAGUCAACAGAGUCACCGCAAAUCGCGCUUUUCUAUGCACAGGCAUGGACUUCGGUGUACCCAUCAAAACCCGCACGUCGACAUUAAGGAAUUCAAAAGUGGUCAAAACGUACAUAUGUGUAUUUGCCUGCUUCUCUACAAAAGCGGUACACAUUGA